GGUGAAAACAAGAGGAAGUUGAUUCUUUUUUUUUGAGAAAGUUUUAAUACCUACAUACAGUGACUGAGAAAUAAUAAUAAAAGAGAACAAUCUGUCAAUUAAAAAAAAUAAUGGAAGGAAAAUUUGUGAUAUUAUUAGUAAUAACGGCACUUUGUGUCGAACAGUGUUUAACAUCAUCAAUUCCAAUGUUUGAGUUUCUAUCAAGAGAUGAAAAACUCUCUCAUUUAUAUUCGAUGUUUGCAAAGCAAGUUAAAGACUAUUGUAAGGAUAAACACAAUGCAAAUGCCUCGCAAUGUAAACGUAACAUGAUGGUUUAUGGCAUGGACAAGCUGAAUGAUAUGGAGGAAUCACAUUUGGACAAAAUGGACCCUUAUCAAAGAGAUGCCAAUAAUAUACUCUGGGACUCAAUUAUGGAGAAUCAUGAAGAAAUGAAAAGUCAACGACAUGAGGACCAGAGACAAGCUCAUUUACAAAAGGAACAAUAUAAUCAACAAAAUCCCAUUUUUAAAGAUUCAUACGAGGAAGUGACUACAGAUAACUUGAAUAACUUAGCAAGUCAUGAUCAUUAUGAAGAAGAUGUGCAAAGUAACUAUUUACAUCAAGGUGCUGCAAGUCACAAUAAUUAUGCCUAUAUAAAUAAACCAAAUGAAUUAGAUAACAAUGAAUAUUUGGAACAAAAUUCAAACUACCUUAUGGGUGGUGUAAUUAGUUGGAUGAUGCCUGAUGGCUCACCAAUAAAUGGACAAGUGCCAUAUACUUUACCACCUGAUGAUGAUAUGCAUGACAUGACUAUGGGACAAAAGAAAAUGCCUUCACUCAAAGAUCUUCUCGAUGCAAUGACAAUGGAUGAGAAACCAAAAAUUAUUAUGGAAAUACCACCAGCAACCACAACAGUUUUAACAGAAAAUCCAGCCACAACAUCGAGAACGUUGAGAACACUUUAUGGCAAUUAUAGAGUAUAUUAAAGCAAUAACAUACAUUAUGAUAUCAUUUUGUAGACAUUAAAUGGAUAAAAUGCGCGCUUAAUUGCCUCACACUCUCUAUACUCUGAACAAUUAUUUAAAUGCCUUCUUUAAUUAUUUAUUGAUUUUAUCCCCUCGCACAUUUUCAUAUUUUUUUCCCAUAAACAAACACACAAACAACCCGAUAAACCACGGAACACAAAUUAUGAUUUUUUUAUAUGUAGUUUAAUUAGUUGUAAUUAAGUAGUUUCUUAUCUUAAGUGUUAAUUAAUGAAAAAAUAUUUUCCAGCAGUUUUCAAUAUGAAAGGUUCCAUAUAUGCUGGAGCUAAUGUUGGAAAAGUGUUGAGAAAAUAUUGAACGGUGUAUUCCAUAUUCAAUGGAAAUUUAAAAUGUAAUACUUAAUUUGUACUAAAAUUCGGUUAGUAUAUUUAAUUAACUGUCAUCCCAAUUUGUGGACUGUUGUGAUUAUUGAAUUAAUAAAUGUUAUUUUUAUAAGGAAUCAUAUGAAUUGAAACAAUUAAACCUUAUUAAUUAGAAUAAUUUGCAAUGGAUGUAAUCAGGUAGAAAAUCAAAAAUAGCAUUCAAAUUUAUUUAAAGUCAUGAAAAUUCUGUUGCAAAAUUUGGAAAUGCUAUGUAGAAAUGAUCCUAAGAAGUAGUGAACAGUAUCGAAUUUAGUCAGGCUAGGAUUUGCAAUUAUUAUUUGUUGAUCUAAAGAUGAAAAUGAAUCAAUUCCUGCUGAAAUCAGUGAUUUGUUAAAAGUUAUUCAAAAAUGAUUUAAAUUUAUCAAAUAAUAAGAUUUAAUAGGUCAUAAAUAUUUUAUGCUUUUGCGUAAAGUAUCAAGGCUAAAGUCAUUAAUGCUGAAUCGAUUUUAGACUAAAGAUGAAAACUCAAAUUCAGAUUUUCUUCCAUAAAUAAAGGAUUUCGUUUUAAAUAACAGCUAAGAGUAACAGAAUAGUAAAAUCAUAGUAUGAUUGGCAAAACUAGCUACUAAAGAUACUGAUACAAAUUAUAAAGAAAUGAAAAAUGUUUUAUAAUAAAAACUUUUAGUAAAAGAA